UUUGACCAUCUUGAGGAUCAUCCAACGGUCCACAUUUAAGGAGAUCUCCGCCCAGUAAAUCUUGCGUUUAUGCUACCACUCCAACUGUACAAUACGGUGUCGUUUCCUAUAAGCAAACUCCGCAAAUUGAGACCCCGCCAAAACCAGCUUAUAGAGGGAAACUGAAGGGAAAGUGCAGAAAGAGAUGUUUGGCUGCUGAGAAAAUUUAAUUAGUUAUCGGAGCGCCUAAAGGGGGGUCGAAAUCCCUAAUCCAAUCUCUGGAGACGAAGAAAUCUAAGUGACUGAUAUUUGUAGGGGAAAUCUUUGGAAGACUCGAACAAAUGAUAAACGUUGGUGUCAACGAAUGGAUAAAGACACAAUUGUGUUUUUAUCAUAAUAAUUAUCUUGAUAUUAAUGUAAUUAACUGUCACAGCAUCCAUUGCGAGCUGGAUUGUUUAGGCUUCACUGUUUCGUCAACUAGAGCAAAUUUACAUUUUUUUUUCUUUUUUUUCCUUCUUUUUGACAUUAAUUUUAUAAAAAUUUUGUUUAUUUAAUUGAUUUCUCUGGUGAGAGACUGUUCUCUCUGAUUCAUGGAAGGUUGCAAGAGUCCAACCCUUUGUAAGAGGAUGCAUCCCCAAACAAUUGACUCAGAAGGUCCAUAUAGACUGCUUUAUUGUUCAUCUAAGGGCGACAAAACAGGGGUGAUGCAGGAGUUAGAAAAACACGUUGAACCCAAUUUGGCUGAUUAUGAUAAGAGAACAGCUCUUCAUUUAGCCUCUUGUGAAGGCUGCACUGAAAUUGUGGUCCUACUUCUUGAGAAAGGCGCCGAUGUGAAUUCUGUAGAUCGUUGGGGUCGCACCCCACUAUCAGAUGCUCGUAGCUUUGGCCAUGAGGAUAUUUGCAAGAUACUGGAAAGUCGGGGUGGAAUAGAUCCAGUAGGACUUGAUUCCCAGACACCAUGCUAUGAGAUCGAUUACAAUGAAGUGGGCAUGGAUGGUGCAACACUUAUUGGAGAAGGAGCGUAUGGUGAAGUUUAUUUAGUGAAGUGGCGUGGUACAGAAGUAGCAGCGAAAACUAUUCGCUCCUCUAUUGCAUCAAAUCAGAAAGUGAAGCAUACUUUUUUAAAGGAACUGGGCUUGUGGCAAAAGUUGCGCCACCCUAAUAUAGUGCAGUUCCUUGGUGUUCUAAAGCACUCUGACCGCUUAAUCUUCCUCACAGAGUAUCUUCGCAAUGGAAGUUUGUAUGACAUACUGAAAAAGAAAGGAAGACUUGAUUCACAAACAGCAGUUUCCUAUGCUUUAGAUAUUGCAAGGGGCAUGAAUUAUCUGCAUCAACAUAAACCGCAUGCUAUUAUACACCGGGAUUUGACACCAAGGAAUGUGCUGCAAGAUGAAUCAGGACACCUUAAGGUUACAGACUUUGGCCUAAGCAAAAUUGCACAGGAAAAGGAUGCUGGUUACAAGAUGACUGGUGGAACGGGUUCAUAUCGUUACAUGGCACCUGAGGUUUAUCGUCGAGAAUCCUAUGGGAAGAGUGUUGAUGUCUUCUCCUUUGCUCUUAUAGUACAUGAGAUGUUCCAAGGGGGACCAUCAAAUAGGGCAGAACUCCCAGAGCAAGUUGCUGACAAGCGGGCUUAUGAAGAUUCCCGUCCAUCCCUAUCCUCAAUUUUGUACCCUGAACCAAUCAAGAUGCUUCUCCGAGAGUGCUGGCAUAGGAACCCUGAAUGCCGACCUACAUUUGAGGAGAUAAUUUUAAGGCUGGAGAAUAUUGAAGACAAUUUGCGGCAUGAGAGACCUAUAAUUGGCUGCUGCGGAUGUAUUAUCUUAUGAGCAAUAGUUCAAUAUGUAGUCUAUGCUCAACAUACAGUGAUCACUGUAUUUGGUGCACGUUCUUCUUCACUGUGGACGUUUCUUUUUGUAAUGGACAUAAUGUCGCCUUUUCUUCUGUAUUAUGAUUUGUAAUGAUGGGUUGUGAAUAUCCUGGGAGAAGUUUCAUCUCCCAGCUGAUUGAUACCUUUGUACAAAACUCAUUCUGGGGAAUUAUAAUGGGCAUGCAAGUGUCACCAAAACUGUUGUUUCUAUUGGCUUUCUUAUUUGAAAAGGAAAAUGUUUCUGAGAUG